GCGAAUGAAUGUUUACUUUUUUGACAUAACUUGAUAAACUUUUGCAGUCAUUCACGCGCGUUCAUUUUUUCCUUCACAUAUUCGGAGGGUUUUUGUUCAUUCAUAUUCACGUCGAAUAUGGUCAAUGAACAUCUUCAAUUGACUAAUAAUCAUUUACGGUCAGUGAUUAUUUUCAUUUAUAUGACAAUUGAAAGUGCUUGUUCGGUUGGUUUGCGAAAAUUUUUGGAGUACAUCCGAAAUAAUUAUGGAGAAUCAAGAUCAAAACUCUACAGCAUCACCAGCGUGCUCAUCUGUCGGUGGCGAUUCUGUAAUUAAGUGUACGAAACGAAGUGAAAAUAAGAAUACUCUGGCCAGAAUCGCACUUGGUUUCAUCCGUCGAGAAGGAACAAGAGCAUCCUGUUCUAUCGACUCUGGCAGUGGCUGCAAGUAUACCCAAGAGAAAAUCGACGUGGGAAAUUUCAUCCGGCAUUUCAGGACUCGUCACCUUGAUCUAGCUACCGCAAAUGGUCUUUUCAAGGACCACGAAGUUCCUAUUAAAAAACAAAGGAUUGUUUCUAAGCGUUUGGUGGCUAUAGACAAACACCUAUUGAUGGAAUCGUUGAUGCUGAUGCUUACUGUACACAAUGUUCCCAUAAGAAGUCUCCAAUGGAGAGGUUUCAAGCAACUUCUCGAUCCAUUAGCAGUUGCUUGUGGUGUAACUGUCAACGGGGCGAACAUGAUAGCCAAUAUCAAAGACGUUGCCCAGAAAAUGCGUGAGCAUAUUGCUGCGGAGGUGAAAGGACGGUUGAUAAGCCUCAAAAUUGAUUCAGCUACUCGCCAGAAUAGGCACAUUUUGGGCAUUAAUGCACAGUAUUCGAUUAAUGACACGAUAGUUAUCCGCACUUUGGAAAUGCUUGAGGUUCAGGAGCGUCAGACUGCGCGAUUUCUAAAAUCCCAAAUUUUAGAAGUUGCUAAAAGCUAUGGCAUAGGAGUUGACCAAAUCUUCUCAAUAACAUGCGACAACGGUGCUAAUAUGCUCGCUGCAGUACGGCAGUUGAAACAAGAAAUGGAGCUAUUAAUCAGUGAUUCGAACGACGUUAACGACAUGGAAACAUUGGACACAGAGUCUCAUGAGUUCACAGCAGCAUUGAAUACGGAGCUCCAGGAAAAUUUGAACCUUGUUCGCUGUGCGGUGCACACACUUCAACUUGCCAUAUUGGAUGUGGUCAAUAAGUCAAACGCUUCAGUGAAAGCUGUAACCGAUAUCGCUAAGAAGUGCAAACAGGUCAAAUACAAACUUAGUUUCAAGACAGCAAAUAUAACAUACCCUCCGGUCUGGGGUCCAACUCGUUGGUGUGGAAUAUACGAAAUGAACUCUAGUUUCCUGACAAAUGAAAACUUUUUCAAACAGUUGGCACAGCAAUUUCCAGAGCUAGAUCUUGGUGAUACGUGGGAUUUCGUACGGAACUAUGAGCAGGCCUUUAAACCUCUUUAUAUAUGCACAAAAAACAUGCAAUCGCAGCAUGUGUCGCUACCUGAUUUUUAUCUCCAAUGGCUAAUGUCCAUAAUGGAAGUGUCCAAGCUGGCACAAAAUCCGUUUUCAGCACCAUUGAGAGAAGCGUUGACCAGCCGAUUGCAAAAUCUUCGCCAGUCUAGAGCUUUUAGAAUGGCUCUAUACAUAGAUCCUCGAUUGAACUACAUGGGAUCGAAGCUGUUCAACUUGGAGGAAAAAGAACAUAUUCAGAACUAUAUAGUUGAAACAUAUAACAGGAUUUCCUCGUACGAAAUUUCUGCACAAAACGUCAAAUUGGAAGACUCAUUAACUACCCAGGAGGACGAUUUCGACUCGUACAUCACCGAGAUGUUUGGCGAAUGUGACGCACCAGUUACAAAUGAAGCUAGUGGUUCGCGUUUUUUCCAGCAGCUCAAGGCUAUCGAAGUAGAACCUAGACAGAAUCAUGCCUACGAUGUGUGGAGGCAUUGGGUAAAUCGACGUGAUACUCAUCCUGAGCUAUAUGCCGUAGCAUCGGUGGUUUUGGCAGUACCAUCCAACCAGAUAUCAGUGGAGAGGGCUUUCAGUGCGCUGCCAUUGGUUAUGACCGAUCGUCGAGCAGCUAUUGGAGAAGAAAAUCUAAGAAACAUCCUCCUUGUGAAACUUAAUGAAGAAUUAUUCGACUCUGUUUUAUUUCAAUUGUAUCCAACGCCCUGAAUAUU